GUCCCUCGUCGAUGGCCACUAGCGGCGUUGCUGCCCUCUGCUUGUUGGCCAGAAGAUCGGCGAGGGCCGUGGCCAAGCGACGACAUAGGACCCCGCAGACUGCCACGCCUAGUAGAGGGGUUCAGGUGUCAACGGGGCUUGAUGUGCCAGAGGAGAUCCAAGACAUUGGCGUGGCGGGCCGCGACGUGGACACCCCGCACUGGUCGCAACGGCCCAUGGAGGAUGCGCAGGGCGGGUUGAGGCUGGAGCAGCUGGACUGGCCCAACGUGCACGGAAUCUCCUGUGGCGCCUCAGGGGUUCUCUUUCUCUAUGAGCUGGUGAGGUUCUGCUUGGGUCAAGCACCUUCGGACCUGGAGUGCUAUGCUGCUGCCUUGAUCUAUGCCGUGAUCUAUGCUUCCAGGUUUGAUGGAAUCCGAACGUUGGCACCACACUUCCGAGUGACCUUCUAUGCCACCACGGGAUGGUGCAUCUACUACAUCGCCCACUUGUUGGCAGCGACCAAUCCAGCCAUUUUUAGCCACUGGGUUUAUCCCACAGGAGUUGUGUUCUUGGCCAGCAGCAUCUACUUCUACAAGCACUGGAUCGAGCGAAUGUACAGGCACUUUGUGGAGGACCGAUUUCGGCCCUACUAUGUGCCCGGACUCGUUGGACUCAUGUAUUUCCAUUGGCUCGAUACAGUGGACAUGAUGAAUCAAUGGCUGGAUCCGCAGUACUGGGAGCACGUGGUGGUGGACCUACCGGACCAAGCCUGGACGAUUGCUGAUGUGAGACUCACCGGUCUUUUCAUGUCCAGCAUGGCGCUCUUUAUGAUCACCUUGCACAACAAGGGCGUCCUCACGGGUGGCAAGAACACCUUGAUCACGGUCCUCUUCACCAUCUUUGUGCCGGCCUUGUUCCUGACCGGGACUCAUGCAACGCUGCAGGCCAGCUUCCCUUGA